AUGCAGUCGGACGGAAAGGACAAGAGCGCAAACCCCAUGCGCGAGCUGCGCAUCCAGAAGCUUGUGCUGAACAUCUCGGUCGGCGAGUCUGGUGACAGACUCACCCGUGCCGCCAAGGUGCUUGAGCAGCUGAGCGGUCAGACUCCUGUCUACAGCAAGGCCCGCUACACCGUCCGUACCUUCGGUAUCCGCCGUAACGAGAAGAUCGCCGUGCACGUCACCGUCCGUGGCCCCAAGGCCGAGGAGAUUCUGGAGCGUGGCCUGAAGGUCAAGGAGUACGAGCUGCGGAAGCGCAACUUCUCCGAGACCGGCAACUUCGGCUUCGGUAUCUCCGAGCACAUCGAUCUGGGCAUCAAGUACGACCCCGGCAUCGGUAUCUACGGCAUGGACUUCUACUGCUGCAUGACCCGCCCCGGUGAGCGUGUUGCCAAGCGCCGUCGCUGCAAGACCCCCAUCGGCGUCAACCACAAGAUCAGCCAGAACGAGACUGUCAAGUGGUUCAAGAACCGCUUCGACGGCAUCGUCCGGUAA